AAGUUAGUAGUUUAUAUGACUAUAAGAGUACAGAAAUACUAUCAGAUAUUGAAAAUUAGCACUAUAAAUUCUUCAAACUACAAUUAUAUAAUAAAAUAUAAUUUUAUAAAUUGUGUCUCGAUGAUCAAGAAGAUGGUAAUAUCAAAUUUCACAAUUUUCUUGUAUUUCAGUACACGAAUGCUAUUGAUCACAGGAGAAAAAAAGUUUGAAAAUGAAACACUUGAGUUUUUUCAUAAAUGUUUAAAUCCCCACGGUCUUGCACAUUCAAUAAACGAUAAAGAAAUUCAAGAAAAAUUAAUGGCCUAUGAAAAAAUGACCCAAGGAAAAAAUUGUGAUUUUGAACGAUUAAAAAAUAUAAUGAAUUAUAUACUUUCAAAAAGUAUUAGCUCCCAAAUUGAUAAUGGAUGCACUAAGUGUAAUAACUUUAACAAAUGCAAAAGACACCAUAAAUGCAUUAGACAUAUUAUCAAAUGCGUAGAAGAAUACAUACUUAUUCAUAAUCCUAUUUUCGUUAAUAAAAAUAACACAAAUAAAAUACAAGUAGACUCUACAAAAAUAACCAAUCAAGAAGAUUUAUUAAAUAACCCAGAAAACUUUACAAAUAAAGGAAACUGGAAAAACAAAGGUAAUAAAAUGAACAUUUCAAAAAACGCCCCUCAAGAAGAUUUGACUAAAAGAACAACGAAUCUAAAAGAAUCAAUAGAAAAAACCAUUAAAAAAGAAUCAAUUGAAAAAUUAAAUCUAGAAGAACCGACAAAAAUAAUCAACCAAAAAUAUUCAACGAAUAAAAAUAAUCAGAAAAAUUCUUCAAGGAAUAUAUAUCAAAUAAAAUCUAACAAAAAUUCCAAUGAAAAAAGAUCAACAGGUCCAAAAUAACGAAUCAAUAAUAAAUAUUUAUUGUAACAAUAAAUAUUAAAAAUAUAAUAAAAAUUAUUGAAAAAU